AUGACCUCGACGUGGUGUUCUUGCCUACGAGGUUUAACAUCGAAACGACUUUGCGGUCAUUUCUCAGCCGCACCAUAUUAUUCUUGUGUUCCUGAAAACUUAUUACGCACAAAACUAUCAGUCAGUCGAACCAUCGAUCCAUCACGAAAAUUUCACCCUUUCAAUUUAACAAAAUCUGCGAAAUUUUCCUCCAGUUCAACUGCAACUUUAACACCAAAACCUUCGCCAUCCUUCGAUCCCGAUAUUCAUUUCGUGCCUUCUUCGUCGUCCAGCCGCAACAACGAUCACUCUGAUGUGGAAAAUCCGUCUGAGCAUGAAGAAGCAGAAGUGCCAUCAACUGAGAACCUUCCUGCUGAUUGGCAAAAGUGA